UAAGAUUAUUAAAAUCGGUUGUAUACUUUUGGCUAAAAGUAUGGGAGUGCAACAAUAUGUUGUUGUAAUCGAUCUAUAAGUGUUGACAUUUUAAAAUUAUUUUUCAGUUUUUGCCAUUUUAAAUAGUGUAUACAAUAAGCCUGUCUAUUUUCAUACUUAUUUUUAGAUUUAAUUUCCUCCAAUUACAGAAGUUUUCUUCAGGUUUACUAAAUUUUGAUAAUUGUUGGGAAUAAUUGUUUAAGAUAUUUUAUUUUUGGCGCCAGUAGUGAGCCAGUAGUGCGACAGGUGUGUGCAACAACUAAAAACGCGUUGUGAUCGAUACGCGUGCGUAAUGCGCUUCUUCCGUUUUUUGUGUUCAGACUUCUUUACGCCUCUCCCUCUCUCUCUGAGUUGUGAAUCAUCGUAUCGCCAUACAGAGCUUUCUUGUACCAAGAUUUUUUUGCAUUAUUAUCUCUGUAAUAAACGGUUUAUUUUCUGUUUUGCACUGUGUGUGUGUUACAUAAACCUCUGACAGUCUUUGCAAAACUAGAAAGCCAAUAGGUUAUGGGCUCAGGGAAAUCAAAGGCGAAAAAAAAAUCGUAAAAGUAAAAAAGUAAGAAGCAGUACGAAAAUGGCGACAGUCAAGACGACGUAAUAUAGAUAGAGAAACUAAAGGACAGCGAGAACUUCAUGAUUUGGAAAUUUCAAGUUACGAUUCUGUUCAAGUUCCUCGGACUAUAUGAAAUCGUAACAGAAGUCUCAAAGCUGACAAAAGGUGCUGAAGAACAAGGAAAAGCAGAGUGGAUUCGGAAAGAUGCACGUGCCCAGAAAAUUAUAAUUACGACAAUAGAAAGGCAACCACUGACCCACAUACUGAUAUGCAAGACGUCUCACAAGAUGUUUCAAAGAAUUUGUGCCAUGUACGAAAGAGACACACAACAGCAAAAAUGUAUUUUACUGCAGGAAUUCUUCAAUUUUACAUACCAAAAAGGAACUGAUAUAAAACACUCACAAACCUCACAUCAAGACUGCUCUCUGAGGAAAUUAGGCUGCUAGCGACUGAUGCAAAACUGGAUGCCGUAGCGUUUAAAAC